AAGCGGCCAUUUUCGUAGACGGUUGUCGGUGUUAUUUCUGUAUAUCAUAUUUCUUCAGAAAAUUAAUCUUCUUUUCAUUGUUGAUUCUCUAAAUCCACAAAUUUUAUACUUCAAACAUUCUUUCAUUGAAAAUGCACCCCUAAAACCAUAUUCUGUGUGGUUAAACUGAGAAUUCAGAACAUUUCAGUGUACUCUUUCACAACCGCAUAUUACAUCCUUAUUGUUAAAUAUAAAUAACAAUUGAAGGUACUGUGAGGUGUAACAAUGUCUAACGUUGGCUACGACCUCGAUACUUCGGGCGGGCUUAUGCCGCUGAUUCGGGCGUUGAUAAAGCCGCCCGACGAGGAUUUAAACGUGCAGAAGCCGAAGAAGCCUCAGCAUCCGUACUAUAAGAGGCCUGGGAAAGGUCACAACCACGACUCUUGCGACGCGUGUGGGGAAGGCGGCGAUCUCAUAUGCUGUGAUCGCUGCCCCGCUAGCUUCCACCUUGGGUGCUAUGACCCACCCCUGGACGAGAAUGACAUCCCGGCCGGGCUGUGGCUGUGCAAGGAGUGCCGGGCCUCCGAUGAGAACAAGCCAGCGAGCUCUCGCAGCAGCAGGGCUCAGUCACCCGCUGAUAGCAAGUCUGAUACUGAGAAGAAGGCUAGCCUGCGCAACCGCACAAACUCAGCGAAGAAGAAGAGCAAGGAUGAGGAGGAAGAAGUGAAGAAAGAACCGGAGAAGGAGCUCACCCCCAUGGAGAUCCUGGUGAAGGCUGCCAAGAUCAUGAACCCCACGCAGUUCGAGUUGCCUCGAGAGAUGCGGAUACCCUGCAUAUUCCCUGGGACUGAUAAAGACCCAGGCAAGAACGGAAACGGCUCUCUAGUAAGCGUGGACGCUUGGGGCUGCGUCCCCCUGCCGGCCAAGAGCUGCUUCGUGUGCCAGGCCACCUGCAAGCAUGCGCCGCUGCUGCAGUGCGACUACUGCCCUCUGCUGUUCCAUCAGGACUGCUUGGACCCGCCGCUGACGGCGUUGCCGACGGGCCGCUGGAUGUGUCCCAACCAUGUUGAGCAAUACAUUGACUGGAAGCUAGUGAACUCGAUAUCGGCGACGGAGCGCGUGGCGCUGUGGGAGAAGUUCUCGGGGCCGGUGGACCAGCAGGCAGUCAAGGUCGACUUCAUACGCAGGGCCAAGAAGCCAAGACCUGCCUUCCGUAUAAAGGUGCCGGUGUGUAUGCGAGGCCGCGUGUCGGUGCCCGCGAUGGUGCGUCACCACUACCGCCACCCGCCGCCGCUGCUGCCCAGUCGCAGGGAGUACGUGCGCUGCAGGAACGUUCUGAAGAACUUGAAAGAAACUGACUGCUACGACCCCACUGAAGAGGAUGAAGACGCACCAAAACACAAGAUCUGCAUGAACCUCAGCUGCCGGGUGUACGAUGCUGAGCCAGCCCCACUGCGGGGCGUCACCGAGGAGGAUGCUGCUGAUGACCUGCACGCCAUCAGCUCUGAGCACACUGCACAGCCGGAACGCCAUACAGACUCCUCAAGUGACCUCUCAGACUCAGACUUCGAGUACCUGACAGCUUCAGUGAAGAAACGCAAGGUCUCCAGCGAAGACAAGAGUCCUCCCAAGCGAGGCAAGAGUGAGCGGCUGGAGCUGAGGCCUGAUGCUAACGUGGAGGAACUGCUGGCUGUGGUCGAUGAUCAGUUGAAGAAGUUGGAUGAGAGGCUCGUGAAGCUGCUGGCGUGGCAGCGGUUGCAGCAGGUGAUAGCAGGCGAGCAGGCCGCGGGCUCAUUCCGCGGCUGCGGCAUCUCCGGCGCCGCCAGGGCCGCGCUGCGCCGCUCGCUGGACCGCGCCAAGCUCGCCCGCCUCGGCCUGCUGCGCCGGGCCCUGCCCUCCGAGCUGCUCUCCCGGGCUGACCGCGCCAGGAUAGCGGCGGCCGUGUGGGGCGGGCCCAGGGACCCUAGCCCGGAGAGCCCGACCCCACCGACCAGCCCGGGACAUUCCCUCAGUGAUGCCAUAGUGAGGGCUACGCUCUGUGCUAUUACCAAGCCUGACAAAAAUGGUGUAGGCUCAGGCCUAGGCCGGCCGAUCCCGAUGCGUCUGUCGUCGCUGAGCGUUGGGACUGACAGCGGCUGCGACGUGCGGCUGGACGCCCGCGCCUGCCGCAACGUGUCGCGGCACCAUGCCGUCAUAUUCAUGGACGAGGUGAGUCGUCACUUCGAGCUGAUCAACUACUCGGAGUGGGGCACGUGCGUCAACGGUGUGCUGUACGCCUGUGACGUCACUGCUCCCGACGCGGCACGUGACGUCACCGCUGCCGACGGCACGCGUGACGUCAGCGGGCCCGACGCGGCGCGUGACGUCACCGCGCCUGCUGACCUGCUGCGCGACGUGGUGCGGCAUCGCAUGCGGGAGCCGCUCAAAAUAAACGGCAACCUAACCACCCCUUUACCCGACGAGCAGCCGUGUCGCUGUCCUUCCUCCCCGCCCCUAUCAGCCGGCGCGUGGGAGGGCUCGGCGCUGGUGCCGCACGGAGCCCUGCUGCAGUUCGGCUGCCUGCCCUUCGUGUUCAGCAUCACCGACCAGGGCUUCGGCUACGAGUCCGACGCCCUAUAGCAGACGAUCAUUUAGUACUGGUGCAGUAUGUAGUAUUGUUAGUAUAAUCAUCGGCAAGGAUAUUGAGCCCUGACCUUCACCUGCGCAGAAGUGAUUUAUUGGUUUAUUGCCUUAAGUGUACAGUGUGCAAAGCGAUCCCCACUCUUCCGCCGAGAGCUCAUUAUCCGUGCCGAUAACUAUAAGGUUGUUUAGUUUAGUUUUUAAGGGUUAAGUGUAGACCGGUUUUGUCUGGUUUAUGACUAGCCAUUUAAAAUAAAUAACGUUAAUAUUAAAAAAGUUGUUGUUAUUGAUUGUGGUUUAUCCUAUGCAAUAUUAAUUUCUUCUGUGUGGUUUUUAGGCCAAAAUUACUUUACUAUAUAAGAUAAGUUUUUUUUUUUUCAUGAAGAGAAGAUAUAUAUAGAAUACUUUUUAGCCUCGUGUGGUAAUUAAUUCCCUCUGAACAAAUUUCCAAAAAUAUACGUCAGAUUGAACUGGAUCUACACUUAACUAAUUACCUAUACAUUGGUUAUAUCAAUGCACUGUUUACUCUUAACUUAAUUAUAAUUGUAUCGUAAUGUGUAAUGCAAUGUUUUAAGUAUAACAACGUUCAUGUAAUAUUAUGUUGUAUACAACGGUUGGUUUUAGCUACAUAAAUAUACACUAGAAACUUUGUUCAAUUUAUUCAUCAGUUAUGGAUCCCGGCUGACAUUAGAAUAUCAUUGAUAGUCGGAAACUGGGAAGUCUGCAACCAGUAUUCCCAAGGAUUAUCGGGUUGAGGAGAUCAGAUAGGCAGUCGGAUAUCGUUUUUUAUAAAUCUAAUAAUGUGUUCCAAAUUGUAUGUACCUACAAGUUAUCUAGCUAGAAGUUUAGCUCGCCUAAGAGCAGUCUCAUUUAUUUAAAUUUUAUAUUUUUACUUGAUUUCUGUCUGAAUUGGUUUUAAUCGAAUUUAAAUUCCAUAAUAAAUAAGUUAAAACUACACUAGUUUCAAUAAAACAA